AUGCGAAAGAGUUUAUUGGGCUCGGUGUUGGUGGCCGCUUCUCUUGCUGGCGCAAAGGAAACACCGUCAUCCACAACGCAUGUCCCAGCAUGCACGGCGACUGCGUCUUCCGGAACGGGGGGUUUCUUCGACUUGCGACCUGACACAGCUCAUCCGGCGGAUAAGGGAAAGCACAAGACUGGGAUUACGAAAGACUAUCACUCGAGAGGGUACGACUAUGGCAAGAACUUUACCAUGAACAUAUGUGGAGCGGUCGUAGACCCAGUCACGGAUGUGAUGGGAGUUUCGAAAAGCCAAUGGGCAAAUGUCAGCGCAUAUUACAUGUCCCAUGGCAGUAUUUACUCAAUAGGCUCCGAGUCGAUGAACCUGGUAAGCCGUGGUCGCAAGCUGGUCUUGCAGUAUACAGGCGGCUCUCUAUGCGGGAACACGAAAUCGAACAAGAGCGGGCGAAGCCCUUCGUCGUAUUCAGCUGCGUAUGACCAUGGAAACAAGGAAUCAAACUCGAAGAGCCAACCUCACGAAAUCGAAACCUUAAAAGACGAGAAGGAAGAGAAAUCGUCUCGCCGAAAGUCAACCACAAUCUCGUUUCUCUGUGAUCGAGAUCCCACCUCAUCCCAAGCAAGCAUUUCGUUUGUUGGCGUUGAUGAGGAUGAAUGCUCGUAUUUCUUUGAGGCACGGUCAAUUCAUGCCUGCGCGCAAGCAGAGCCACACAAGCCAGGAAGUGUUGGUCCUGGCAGCGUAUUUGGCAUCAUUCUUGUCAUCGCCUUUCUUGUGAUAUGUUCGUCAUUGCAUUUUCUUCUUGCGCACGGUGUUUACCAGGCCGACGAGGCUAUUCCCAUCUCAAUUCAAGCCCUCGGUAUCGAAAUUCUGAUGCGGAAAACCGACUUAUCGAUCAACUGGACGAGGAGUGGGAUGAUUAGCCUACGACCACUCACACUUGUUGAACGCUUUUCUAGUAUGUAUUAG